AUGACCACGCAGAAGCGACUCAAAUCCCACAAGUCAGAUCAGCAGGCAUAUUUGGGGUAUUGUGUUUCCCCGGGGGAUGUAAUUGACACCGUGGAUCUGGCACAGAUCUCGCAGCGUGAAUUUGCUUCCAACUAUAUCUUCAGCCGCAAACCUUGUAUUCUGCGAAGCUCUGCUGGCCUCGUUCCGCUACUGGGCCAAACGUUUUCCCUGGACAAUUUCAAAUCAGGCACUUUGUUGAAGACACUCGAUUGUGAAGAUGGCAAGCAAACUGUCCAGAUAGAGCUGAAAUCAGACGGCGGGUUUGGUUCCGGGAAGAAAAGGAUAAAGAUGUCAUUGAAGGGCGUUUUGGAAGCAUUCAAGAAUAAUGACAGCUCUAUUUAUCUAACUACCCAAUAUGGAAAUGAAGAAGAUGAAGAAGAUGAGGACGACAAAAAUGACAAAAAAUAUGAGCAAGAUCAAGAACAAUAUGAGGAUGACGAUGACGAUGAUGAACCUGAACAUGAGAACGAACAGGAAGAAGAUCAAUUUUUUGGCCCAGACGAUAAUGUUUCAGAUUCAGGAUCAUCCAUAGAUUUUAACGAAGUUGAAGACGAUUACGAUGACAGGCUAUCCGUUUCCGGUCAAGAGCCAAUGACUCUUCAGGAAGCUGAAUCCAGAUGUUCAGACUUAUUCCAACCACCAUUGACGUGUCUGCUUACAAAUCCCGACAUUCUCCCUCUCAAUGUAAAACUGUUUGAAGCACUUGUUCCGCAACAAGUCAAUCUCUGGAUGGGUUUAACAGCAGAAGAGACUUCCUCAUCCGCAUUCCAGGCCGAUUUGACCAAGCCGGAUCUCGGUCUUGGAAAGCGUGUUCCAUUUGGAACAUCUUCGGGGCUUCAUCACGACCAUUCAGACAACCUCUACAUUCCUGUGACUGGAUGCAAACGGUUCACAGUGUACUCUCCGAGUGAAUAUAAACAAAUGUACACUGUUGGACGUGUGAAUCAGUUGUACAAUUCCGGGGUGAUUGACUACCACCCUGACGAGAGAGCACCAAAUUGGCGCACUACAAAUGCCGAUGGCUCUAUGACAGAUUGUAAUACGUACGAGGAAAACUUGCACGAAUCUGGAGCUGAGUCUGCCCUGAAAUGUGACCAGGACCCUCCGUCGUUCUCACGCGUUCCACCUCUUCUGGCGAAUAUUGACCAGGUUUCCGAUCCUGAGGUGAAAAAACAACUUACAGACGUUGCAAAUGUCCGGUUCCCGGGUUUCCUCGACGCUAAUAGUCUCAAGAUAGAAUUGAACCCAGGAGACGCACUGUAUCUCCCAGCAGGUUGGUUCCACGAGGUUACAUCUACCGGCGAUUUCCAGGAUGAAAUCCCUGGAAUUCACACGGCAAUCAAUUACUGGUUUGCCCCACCCGAUGGGACCGCUGAAAAGCCCUAUACAACGCCGUUCUGGCGCAAUGAUUUUGCGAGAACGGCUAGAGCUAUUGACGAACGCCGCACUAAGUAG